CCGCUUUCGCCACUGCUGGCGUCUGUCCGCGUGGGGACGCCUUUGCCCUGCCUUUCUGAGUUGGCCAGGCCCAGGGGUGGGGAGUUCCAGGAGCACUGGGCUGUUUCCAUAGAAACCAGAGGAGAAAGAGUCAUUUUCAGCGGAGUUGUUAAAACUGUCUUCCAGGCGUCAGCUGUGAGUGCCAAUAAUCAAGCAAAAGAAAGAUGAGCUUCCUCUAUGGAUUGCAGUCUGCUACUAGAAACUGUGUUUCCUUCCGAUUUAAUUUACGGACCAACUGGAGAAAAUGUAACACAACAGCUAUAACCUCACUGGACUGUCAUCAAGUACGAGUUAACCACAUAGUAAAUAAUAUUGAAUGCAAACUGGGAGUAAAUCGGUGUAAUAGGGUGACUUCUCUGCCUGGAAACUCACAUUUCUAUAGAACUUUUAAUAACAAAAGGGCAGGAUACCUCUCGAGUCUUAAAAGCAAGGACAAUAAGUGUACAGCAUGGCGUGACUCUUUUCCAAGACAGAAACUGAUAGAAGAAGUUGCAGUAGGUCCCGCUCUUUCAGUAUUGCAUCCUCUAAACUGCUUUCCCAUAAGAGACAUCAGGAGUUUCCACACUUCUCCACGGUGGCAAGCUGCUCCCAUCCCUCUCUUGUGGAUAAUUCUUAAACCAGUGCAGAAACUACUUGCAAUCAUUGUUGGCAGGGGCAUAAGGAAAUGGUGGCACGCACUUCCUCCCAACAAGAAGGAACACUUUAAAGAAAGUGUAAGGGAGAACAAAUGGAAGUUACUGCUGGGGUUGAGUACUUUUGGAUUUCUCUUCGUAGUGUUUUAUUUCACUCACCUGGAAGUGAGUCCAAUCACAGGAAGGACCAAGCUACUGCUGUUGGGGAAAGAGCAUUUCAGUCUUUUAGCAGAACUGGAAUAUGAAGCAUACAUGGAAGAAUUUAAAAAUGAUAUGCUAACUGAGAAAGAUGCCCAGUACCUGAACAUUAAAGAAGUGUUUUAUCAUUUAAUUGAAUGCAAUAAAGAUAUCCCAGGGAUCUCCGAGAUCAAGUGGAUCAUUCAUGUGGUUGAUUCCCCAGAUAUAAAUGCCUUUGUGCUUCCGAAUGGACAUGUGUUUGUCUUCACUGGGCUUUUCAAUGCUGUGGCUAAUGUGCACCAACUUGCCUUCAUUCUGGGCCAUGAAAUAGCACAUGCAGUACUUGAGCAUGCUGCAGAAAAGGCCAGUGUGGUUCAUUUAUUGGAUUUCCUAGGUCUAAUUUUCCUCACAAUGAUUUGGGCCGUUUGUCCUCGAGAUAGCUUGGCAAUUGUGGGCCAGUGGUUGCAGUCUACAUUGAAAGAGUAUUUGUUCAGUAGACCAUACAGUAGAACACUGGAGGCUGAAGCUGACAAAAUUGGACUACAGCUUGCUGCAAAGGCUUGUGUGGACGUCAGAUCCAGUUCAGUGUUUUGGCAGCAGCUGGAACUUGCAGAUACCCUCUUUGGUCACCCCAACGUGCCAGAAUGGUUAUCCACACACCCUUCUCAUGGAAACCGAGUUGAGCAGUUGGAUAGACUCAUACCCAAGGGAGGCAGCGCUGUACUCCUCACAGUGGGUCUGCAAGAGGGCUGUGUCUGGGAGCAGGCGGAGCUGAGGAGUCUCAGAAAGCAGACAGAGACGCAAUACCAGGACCAGCCCCCUACCUCGGAGCACGGCAUCAACACGCACCUGGAUCUGGCCCCCGCCUUGCUGAAUGCUUCGGGAUGGAGAAAGUAAAACCAUGAAUUUGGGACCAGAUUCAUCUGGGCUUCAAUCUAAAAUGUGUGAGACAGUUGUUUAACUCCCUGAUGUCGGUUUUCUAAUUGUAACUUUGUGAGCAGAAGUCUUCUCUUCUGCCUUGCUAACAGAACCCUGUUCUUGUUUAGAUAUUAAGCAACAUAAACCUCUGGGGAGGGAGUGGAAGCCUCCAGUCCUCUAAGAUGAUGGGGUAAUUCCUUUCCUCUCGCCAGAGAUUGGUUUAGGGAAGGGCCUGGGAUGAAAUUCUGGCCAA